GCAUUAAACAAUUUACGCUUAAAAUAGGAAUAUACUAAAUAUAAAAUAUAACUUAUAACUUUUUUUAUGAUUCAGUACUUUUAGUACAUAAUACAAUAAUAAUAAUUAUAUUUUAUUUUCUAAAUUAUUACAUAUAAUGAAAAUCUUGCCAUCUACAAUCUUUUUCCUAAUAUUUCUCAUUUCACCGAUUUUUCUUGGUGCCACUGAUAAUGUAAUGAAUGCAAUGCAAAACCUUUACUGCAAUCUUGGAUUAAAACUUGAUAAUUCAUGUCCCAUUGAUGGUGGCUGGACAUUUUGGAGUCCAUGGGGUUCUUGUUCUGGGAAAUGUGGAUUUAAAGGAAAAAGAAUGAGACGACGUACUUGUGAUAAUCCUGUGCCUUCAAAUAAUGGAGCCCCUUGUAUUGGUCCUAGUUAUCAAAUUGAAAAUUGUCAAAUUACUGGAUGCAUGAUGAAUGAUUACGAAACAGUUGUAAAUGCUCAUCCUAUACGUAAAGGAGAAUUGAAAAUUGUAAAGAAAUUUCAUAAAAAAUUACCAGCUUUAAUAGAAUUAUGUUUUCUUGUCGAUUGUACAUUUUCUGUUGUAGAAAAGAUUCUUGGAAAAAAUGUGACUCUGGUGGUUGGAGUGUUUGGGGAGUUUGGUCGUGGUUUGGCAUUUGAAAUGAAAAGCUGUGUGGGGAUUAACUGCAGGAAACUCUCAGGGAGUACUUGGAGUAAUUGGAAUGAGUGGAGCACAUGUAGUGUAAAAUGUGGUAGUGGAGUUCAAACCAGAAAACGCUUAUGUUCAGAAACGCAAAAUUUGCAAGGAACUUCAUGUAAAGGUCCAUCCAAAGAUAUAAAAGGCUGUAUAAUUAAUAAUUGUUCUAUAAAUGGAAUGUGGUCAACAUGGAUGGUUUGGUCACCUUGUACUUCAAGUUGUGGGAUUGGUACACAAUUGAGAAAUCGAAUGUGUACCAAUCCUUCUCCGAGUGGUAACGGUACAUCUUGUGUUGGUUCAGCUUCUGAAGUUCGCCAGUGUUUUACUAAACCAUGUAUAAAUAAAUUACAUGAAGUAGUACACUUUACUGAAAGGAGUAGUCUUCAGUAUGACAAAACUGGAAGACCUUCACGGUUGCUUCAUAUGUAUCUAAGGUUUUUACCACUGUCUCCUUUUGGUAUGAUUAUUUAUCGUUUUGAAAAGGAUUGUAAAGGAUCGAUGUGUGACUUCGUAAAAUUGUUUCUUCAAAAUGGGAAGAUAGUACUUUUAUCUCAAAUUGCUGACUGUACAUUAGCUUUAAUUCAUGAGACCAAAUUGGAAGUAAGAAAUGUUCUAUUUUAUACAUUAAUUGUUUUGUAUUUGAUUUAUGUUGUUUUUUAGAUUGGACAAUGGCAUGUAAUAUUAAUUGCAAUAUAUGGGACACAUGGAGUAUUACGUAUUGAUGAUGGUUUUCAUAAAGUUACUUCUUUUUCAUGCAUUCCAAUUUCAUAUGACUUGGAUCAUGCAAUGGAAGUCGGAGGAUU